CUCCCGAACUCCUGGGGCCGAAGCUCGGGGAUUGUGUGACAGGCAGCUAGGAAAAGAUGUGAAGAUGGCGGAGCUACAAAUGCUUCUGGAAGAGGAGAUUCCUGCGGGCAGAGGAGCUUUACUGGACAGCUAUGCGAAUUUAGAGCGAGUCGCUGAAUACUGCGAGAGCAAUUACAUCCAGUCUCCCGAUAAGCAGAGAGCGUUAGAGGAGACUAAAAGCUACACUACACAGUCCCUGGCCAGCGUCGCCUACCUGAUCAACACGCUCGCCAACAAUGUGCUGCAGAUGCUCGACAUCCAGGCGUCCCAGCUACGCCGCAUGGAGUCCUCCAUCAACCAUAUCUCACAGACGGUGGACAUCCACAAAGAGAAGGUGGCCAGGCGUGAGAUCGGCAUCCUCACUACCAAUAAGAAUACCUCUCGCACGCACAAGAUCAUCGCCCCGGCUAAUCCCGAGAGGCCCGUGCGCUACAUCCGCAAGCCCAUCGACUACGGCCUGCUGGACGACGUAGGACACGGCGUUAAGUGGUUGUUAAGGUUCAAGGUUAACGCUCAGAACAUGAAGGCGGGAACGACUCCACGUACGGGCGCUCCUACCCAGAAACCACCCAGCCCUCCAGGUCCGGGAAAAGGCACUAUCGGGCGGCACUCCCCCUACAGGACGCUUGAACCCGUGCGUCCCCCCGUCGUUCCUAACGACUACGUGCCGAGUCCGACCCGCAACACGGCUCCGCCCCUCCAGAGCCCGGCACGCAGCGCAUCUGUUAAUCAGAGGACCCGCACGUACAGUAGUGGCAGUAGCGGAGGAAGUCACCCAAGCAGUCGCAGCAGCAGCAGAGAGAACAGCGGAAGCGGCAGCGUGGGCGUGCCUAUCGCCGUGCCGACGCCGGCCCCUCCCACUGCUUUCCCAGCAGGUACUGCCUCCACACCCCCGAACCCUCCCAAGCCCCCUCCCAGUGUGUCUAUCCCAGCUCCCCCAGUACCCCCACCUCCUCCUACUCCUGAGCCCACACCCCCUCCUGCUCCUCCUGCUCCCCCUGAGAUCCCUCCUCCCCCACAACUGCCCCCCACCACCGGCACCACAACCGCACAAGGAAAUGGGCCUCAGUUCUACAGCAUGAACCGACCGAUGGCGCGGCAAUCUACGGCCUCAGUAGGCGGGUCUUUGCCGUAUCGCCGGCCGUCCUCGGUCGCCAAUCAGCCGAGCAACUUACCUCAGAACACUCACGCAAACAUGAGCCAGACCCAACUAAACGGAGGACCACACUACAACCAGAACCAAGCUCCGAUGGCCCCGCCUCCUCCCUCCAUAUUACAGAUCACACCCCAGCUGCCCUUGAUGGGCUUUGUGGCUCGGGUUCAGGAGACCAUCACAGACGCACCUCCUCCUCCACCCCCUGUGGAAGAGCCAGCAUUUGUGGACUCGGCUCCGCCCCCGCCUCCACCAGAGGACUAUGAAGAUGAGGAAGGUGACGAGGAUGAAGAGUCGGCGGUGGUGGAGUACAGUGACCCGUAUGCCGAGGAGGAUCCGCCAUGGGCUCCUCGCAGCUACCUGGAAAAAGUGGUGGCGAUCUACGACUACACCUGCGAUAAAGAGGACGAGCUUUCCUUCCAGGAGGGAGCGAUCAUCUACGUCAUCAAGAAGAACGACGACGGCUGGUUCGAGGGCGUCAUGAGCGGCACCACGGGGCUCUUCCCCGGAAACUACGUCGAGUCCAUCAUGCACUACGCCGACUGAGCCACUGGGUGGAGCUGCUCGCUCUCGCUUUCUUUUUCUCUCUCACACUCUCACUCUUUCUCAGUUUUUUCACUCUUGACCAAAAGCCUCUCUCUUACACCCACACACACUCACACACACACACACACACACACACACACACGCACACACUAUCACAGAUCUCAUCACACAGAGGUGACACAGAAGAACGUCUGACAAAGAGGACGAUACACAUCUGUAUAGUUGUAAAGAUUUCUUUUUGAUCUACGUAUCAUUAGUGUGUUGUGUGUGUGUGUGUGUGUGUGUGAGAGAGAGAGAGAGUGUGUUAAUGUCUUUAGGGAGAUUCAACAGUAAGAUUUUGAGAAAUCUUAACGAUUUCCAAGGACCAUUUUUGUCUUAAUUUAAGUCUUAUAGAAACACUAAAUAUUCCUGCUGCUGUUUUUUGCUCAACACUAGGGUCAGCUGGACCGUCCCCUUCGUUUUUCGUUCGUACUUUUGUUUCUUUCAUUAGUUUAUUUCUCUAUCUCCUGCACAGAGAGAAUUACCCCGGACAGGAUCUCUCCCCCUUUCCUGACUGUCCGUGAACAUGAUCAGCACGUGUAAAAGAAGGACCUUUUUGAUAUUAAUCUCCAUUUAAAAAAACCUGAAACAAACAAUUGAAAAAAAAAAAGAAAAAUUAGUUUGGAAAUAGGCUGGGCUUGUUUCAGUGUGCUGAUCUUUUAUGUUUUUUGAAAGAGAACUCCGCGUGUGUCUCGCACUGACGUCACAGCAGGACGGCCUUGUUUUUUUUUUUGUUUUCCAGUGUAGGAGCAACAGAGAUGUCGAUACACACACACACACACAAAAAAAGCUACGUUUAAUUUUGUUUAAGUUACAGCAGAGGCGAUUGGCGAGAAGGCUGAAGCUUUGGAAACCGUCUGAGACGAGACACGGACGAAGUAGAUCUUCUAAAGCGCCGCCGCAUCGCUGUGUUUAAACAUAGAGGGGUUCCUGCUUGUGCUUCCAUGUGCUUGAAGGGCAUUCUCAGGAACCUUUAGGAAAGACUCAGCCUAAAGCAUUAAUGAUGAAGAUUAACACGCGAGUUAUUCAAGGCGGAGUUUUCCUCAAUCCUCGUAGAGAUGCGCACUUAGCUAAAGUGCUAAUCGUAAUUCAUUUCUACCGUGUUCCCCAGCUCUCGCUUUUCUUCUUCUUCCCCUCCACCGUCCCUACCUUCCUAACCCUCUCAACUUCUUCAUUCCACUUGGUCACUUUGCAGUUAGUAGUUUAUACCAAAGGAUUCCUCCACAUGUGGACAGUCGAGUGGAAACGACUGGACCGAACACUACUUUUUCCGCUUCCUUUCUUACCAUUGACGCGUUUUUCAUCAGAGAUUUAAAUCACAGAUUUUAAGAUUUGUCUGUAUUUGUGUGUGUGUGUGUGAGAGAGUAAGAUAAAGCUGUUUAAAUUACGCUCGUGCCAUAAAAAAAGUGUUUCUAGAUAGUCAGAGAUGUUUAUGAAGAGAUUCUUUACGAUUAUUUUACGUUGUUUUUCCUGCCAUUUGUGUUUAUGGGGGGAAAAGCCGAAGCUCUAUAAAUAAUAAAAAUAAUAAUACGGUGUUUUUUUUUUUUUUUUUAGAAAUACAACACUAUGUGGAUGUAAUACUAUAUUGCUUAUUAUUAUUGUUUUUUUUAAAUGAUGAUGUGUUGGUGUAUCUGACCGACCGGCAAUAACCUUCGCACAGACAGAAGAAAGCACAACGGGAAGCACGAAUGAAACCAGCCCAGACCGCUGAACAUCCCUCACCGAGCCGUGGGUUUGUUCUCCUCAUUCUUAUUCGAGUUUCUUCUUCUUUUUUUUUUUUUACACUAUGAGAUAGACUGUGUGUCUGUAUAUGUGUUUAGUGUGUGUAUGAAAGAUUGUGUGAGAGCAUGAAUGUGUCGUGCGAUCCUGAUGUUUGUGAACUAUUUGCUCGCUCGUGCAAAUUCUCUUUCAUUCGAUGGAGCGUUUGUGACCGUGUGUGAACCAGCUCCUGCAUGUUGAUCAUUUCUGUGACUUUAUUAUUAUUAAUAUAUUUUUUUCUGCUGAUGGAGAAUAAACUGGAUUGAUCUAA